AUGGAGGAUCAAGAACCUCUGCUCCUUGCCGUCUGGCGGCGCUGCAGUGAGAUGGCAGCUGAGCACAACAUCUCACAAUCUACGCUUUCCGCCGCUGGAACAGUUAUCGCCAUCAUCGCCGCUACUCUCAUCCUCCGCAUCACCAACGCCAUAGCUGCAGCGUCCGUCUCAGCAGCUACUAGCCGUCCUCGAAAGUACACCGUUCCUUCGCCCAAGGUCCCCGAGCCACACACCACCGUCGAUAUCACCUCUGUCAAGGUCUCUGGUAGCUCAGCCGUUCAAUGUUACGCCCCAGCGACUGGCCAAUUCCUAGGAAACGUCAACCCUUCUACACCUGCCGCCAUCGACCGAGCCGUUUCCGCUGCUGCCACCGCGCAAAAGACAUGGGCCGAGACUACAUUCGACCAGCGCCGUGCUGUGCUUAGCUCGCUGCUGCAGCACGUCCUCGACAAUGCCGAAGAGAUUGUCAAGAUUGCUUGCCUCGACAGUGGAAAAACCAUGGUGGACGCCCAGCUGGGAGAGAUUCUUGUUACAGCCGAGAAGCUCAAGUGGACGUUGUCUCACGGAGAACAGGCAUUGCGCCCCUCGCGCCGUCCUACCAACUUUCUCAUGAUGUACAAGCGCAACACAGUUCACUACGAGCCCCUUGGUAUUGUUGCUGCCCUGGUCAGCUGGAACUACCCUUUCCACAACUUCAUUGGACCCGUCAUCAGCGCCCUCUUUUCUGGCAACGGUAUCCUUGUCAAGGUUUCUGAGCAGACGGCCUGGUCUAGCCAAUACUUUACAAACAUUGCUCGUGGCGCUCUCAUCGCUCACGGGCACGAUCCUCAGCUUGUACAGACCAUCGUGUGCUGGCCUCAAGCAGCUGGCCAUCUUACUUCCCACCCUGGUAUUAGCCACAUCACAUUCAUCGGAUCGCAAUCUGUCGCCCACCAUGUUGCUGCAAGCGCAGCUAAAAGGCUUACCCCUGUUGUUGCUGAACUCGGCGGUAAGGACCCUUUCAUUGUCCUGGACUCCGCUUCUGGCGACCUCAAGCGCAUUGCCGAAGUCAUUCUUCGCGGAACCUUCCAAGCUGCCGGCCAGAACUGUAUCGGCAUCGAACGAGUCAUUGCCCCUAGCGCUAUCCACGACAAGCUUGUAGAAAUGCUUGCACCCCGUGUCAACGCUCUGCGACUAGGCCCCGAUGCUGAUGUUGGUGCCAUGAUAUCUGACGCCUCCUUUGAUCGCCUCGAGGAACUCAUUGCCGAAGCUGUUUCUCAAGGUGCCCGUCUCCUCGCCGGCGGCAAGCGAUACGAUCAUCCUGAAUAUCCCAGCGGUCACUACUUCCAACCGACCUUCCUCGCAGAUGUUACCCCUGAAAUGCGCAUUGCACAAAACGAGUGCUUUGCCCCCGUUCUCACCCUUCUUCGCGCAAAGUCUUCUUCUCCUGAAGAUAUCCUCUCUAUCGCCAACGCACCCAACUUUGGCCUUGGUGCCUCUGUACAUGGCUCUGAGCGUGACCCCAACGUACAGCCUAUCGUUAAGGGACUCCGUGCCGGUAUGGUCGCUGUCAAUGAUUUUGCUGUCUACUAUGCUGUCCAGCUGCCCUUUGGCGGUGUCGGUGGUUCUGGUUAUGGCCGUUUUGCAGGCGAGGAAGGCCUGCGCGGUCUUUGCAAUGCAAAGGCUGUCUGCGAGGACCGUUUCGGCUGGUUGGGCAUCCGCACCAGCAUCCCACCUCCGGUACAGUACCCGAUUAAGAGCCAGCCCGACAGUUGGAAGUUUACCCAUGGUGUUGUCGAGCUGGGCUAUGGAGCCCCCAUCAGGAAGCUCAAAGGUCUUGGUAAGAUUCUCCAGAACAUGUGA